AUGAGGAUUUCUCGAGCUCCAAUCUCUGCUUUCGUGCUGCUCUUCCUCUCCGCUGUCUUCCCUCCCCGUCUAUCGCUCGGAGAUCCGAUCACGUGCUCCGGGAUAGUUCCGAUGAAGCACAGGAGCAAGAUGCUCUCGAUUUCGGACUUUGGCGCUGUCGGUGACGGCGCGACCUUGAACACCAAUGCCUUUAACGCGGCGAUCGAUCGGAUUCGGAACGCCAAUACUAGCGAUGGAACGCUUCUCUACGUGCCUCGCGGUGUGUAUCUGACUGAGAGCUUCAACCUCACGAGCCACAUGACUCUAUACCUCGCCGAGGGCGCCGUUAUCAAAGCCGUUCAGGUGAUGGUUUACUGUACACAGAACCACAGCUUUGCUUUAAAAUUAACCUAUUGA